UCAGCCACCGUAACAUUUGCGGAAGUAAUCGAACCAAUGGUUUGAUCCAGGCGCGGGGGAAGAAAACGUCGACCUUCGCGUGUGUAACAGGAUUUUAAACAUGGAUGACGAAUGGGAAGACGAGGAGCAGCUCGUUGUUGUCGAACUCUCUGGAAUCAUAAAUAAUGAUGCUAUGUUCAAGUCUUGGGGCACCUGCAAAAUACUGGAUAUUGACAGUGAGCAGCCAAUGAUGCAAGUGGGGCAAUAUGUGUUUGCAGGAGAAUAUGAAGAUGCCCUGGGAACAUGCGUUCUUUUUGAGGAGGGACCAGGCAAAGGAAAAGAAGGCAGUGUACCUGAGCUCAAAUACAAGUGUCACACGGUGAAGAAACUCAUGAUGCAACGGGUCUUCCUCAGUGAGAAGAAAGAAAAUGAAAGCGAUGCAGCUGGCGAAGGCGAUAAGCAGUGCGACACAGUCUGUCAGUCGAGUGAAGAAAGAAAAAAGGAGGAUGAAGACCUGGCAGCGGGAUGAGAUGAAGAAGCUGUCAAUCAUCCAAGUGAAGAAAAGACCUCUGUUCUAGAACUUAAGAAAUUAAUGUUAAAAAUAGAGUCAGUAUCAUGUGAAUCUGACGGAGAGUUUAAUUUAGUGUAUUUGGUCAUGUAAUAUUCCAGAACUCAAUAGUCAUUACAAACACUUACUGAUGGAUCAAACAAAGACCAAAAGGACUAGACUGAAGUCAAGGCUUCCAUUGUACACGUCCUGCACACUGUGCCAGAUUUUUUUGUGUGUCUUUGUUUGUUUGGUUUUCCUACUAAGUUGACAGUUGAGUUACUAUGGUUGAAUAAGAAGUUGGUACCAGGAUAGUGUGUGUGCCUUUGGUGUUCUCAACUGACUCACUCAGUUGUCUUGAAAAUGGAACGGAAUAAUGAUCGCUGAUUAUAAAGUAGCCAAACAUUUGCACACAUACCAGUACACCAGUCUCUUUCAAUGCGUUUCCUUCAUUUUAUAAUUUUUUUUUCCAUUCGAUGUACUUAAAUUUGCCAUGUCCUGCAUACUGCUCUGCCACCUACAGCAUGUUAUUAAGUGGUUAAAUGAAACUGAAUCAUUCUUUGAAGUUAUUUAAUAAACCAUUCAUUUUGAUAAUAUAUUUUCAUUAUCAUACUGAA